AUGGAAGAUAGGUCGGGUCGUUGCUUUGAAGUCGUUCCAACGGAAAGGUCAGGUGCAGAGCAGCCCUAUGCAUCCUUGGAAAGAGCAGUCGGAGAGGCCAUGAACGGGGACCCAGCAGAGAAGCCUCUGCUUUCAGACGCUACAGGCACCGUACAGUCAGAGGGGGGCUGUGAGCAGCAGUCUCCUCUGGAGCAUUUAGCUCUGAAGGAACAGGAGCAACCAAGUUUAGCACAGUUGGAAUUACCCGGUGAAGGACUAGGCAAUCAAGAAGGGAUCGGAAAUAAUGAGCAAGAUGCUCCAUUCAGCGCAUCAUCUGAGAGCGCAUGGCCUGUUGCCGAUGAGAAUUAUUCUGCUUUACUUGAAUUAAGAUAUUCAGAAAGGGAAGAAAAACCAUCUCAAAACUCAGUUCUAUCAGAGAAUACAGCAAGUGGGACAGUAACAGGAAACAUAAUUGAGGAGGACGAAGCUCUUGGGAGGAGUAGUGCUAACUUUGAUAAAACUCUUCAGUCCGAGAAGUUAUGUCUUGAUCAGGAGGAUUACCACAUGCCUGACAUUCUAACUGUCAGGGUACAAACAGAUUCUGAUUCAUUCCAAGAUGUAGUUGUAAAAAUUGAAAGACCUACCUAUCGUAAACCAUUUCUUGGUGGAUUUAAGAACAGGAUAACAGGAGUGGAAUUUCAUAAUGCAGGAUCACAAACGAUACCCAAAAAACGACCUGACAAAGGAAUUAGGUUAUUUUGUAGGAAACCCCAGACGGUUUUUGAAAAAAAUAAGCCACAACAAACAAAAAAUACAACAUCAACACAGAUGACUAAAACUGGGCUGUAUGUGUCAAACAGGACUGACAAACUAAUAAGUCCUGGAAAGUAUCUUACAGCGGAAGAGUACCACAAACGUAGACUUGAAGCAGUAAUAGUAUUACAGACACAUUUCCGUCGCUGGCGUGCUAUAAAUGAGGUACAAAAACUGAGGGAAGAAAAGAGCUUAAGGCUGGCAUGGGAGGCACAAGAAGAGUUACGGAGGGAAAAGGAGAAAGAAGAAAAACUGAGAAGGGAGCACGAACGAAGACUGAACCCUAAAACAAAAGAAGACUUUGAACUACUGUACCAUGCUUUAGAAUUAUGGAGGCAGGAGGAGACUGAACGGAUUAACAGAACUCUUACUGGAGCAGAAAGAAAGGCAGCACUUUGUGGACUUCUGGAACAAGAAGCAAAGCUGAUUGCUUCCAUUGGGAGACACAAGCUAAAUGCAGAUGAGGAGAAUCAGCAAAAAGCAAUACUUCACUUUCUGGAUAAGUGUGCGCAGCCCAAGAGAUGGAAAGCGUAUGAUGGAAGAAUCACCGAAAUGGAUACACAGUACACACUCCGCGCCAAAGAACUAUUUGAUAGGAAUGACAUCCCAAAAGAUGGGAGAAUAGAUGUACUGUUAACGCUGAGGCAUACAGUGAAGGAACAUGAAUGUAAAUUAACACAGGAAAUAGUGGAAUUAAUUGACAGGGAAGUUGAUCUUAUGUCGAGAGAGGUGAAAGAAUGCAACUUAGAAGGACUGAGAAAAAGAAUUUGUACAUUAUUUCUUCAGUAUAUUAAAACUCCAAAGUUUAACCCUGAAGUUGCUCAGAUACUUAAGGUUCCACCAGAUCCCUUAAAGCUUUAUAAAAAUGUUAACUUCUGUCACAGUUGCGAAAAUUACUUAUCAUCUACUGAGUUUCCUGUUCCUGCUAAUUCCCGCACCAUUGGCAGAUGUCGCUUGUGUUGCAAGCUUGAUAAUGAGGCUCGGCGGCGAGCAGCAUUUUUGAAGUACAAACUUAUACUAGAAAAUCUCAGAAAAUCUGAAGCUGAUUACCAGGAUGAUGCUAAAAUCGUUUUCUUAGUUCAGCAUCAAGAUCUGCAGUACAUGAUUGAGAACAUAUGGGGCUGCCAGUCAGCUCUCAGUGCCUGCAGUGACCUCUAUGAUUUGGUUAUGGUCAGAUGGGAUAAGCACCAUGAGUGGUCUCCAUGGAACACUAUUCUCCUCACUAAAGAUGAGGCAGAUGCACAUCUUAAGCUCUGUAACCUUCAGAAGGCUUAUGAAGCAGCAUUUAUUCACAGAAUAAAACAUAAGCAUAUCCGGGCAAAAAACUACUUUGCUCAGAUUCCAGGAAUGGCUUCAUUUUUGCAUGGGAGUGACAAUCACGCUAAGGCAAAUGAAUUUUUAACAGCUGUGCCUAUUCCUACUGGCACAAAACCAUAACUCUUAGGCAAAGUUAACUGAAGCUAAAGAAGUUAACUGAAUUAUUGAUUAAUACAGUUUCCUUUUUUUCAAAGAAAUGCACUUUUUCAUCAAUACCUUAAUUGUAUUACACAUAUCAAAAUAAACUUCUGAGGAUAAA